AUUCUAUAUAUAUAUAUAUAUAUAUAUAUAUAAGUGUAUGUUUUUAUAGUCGAAAUGAUUUAUUAUAGAAUAUAAAACAAGACAUGUAUAUAAUUUUAAGUACAGUAUAUAAUACAACACAAUUUUUAUGUUCAUUUAAAGGAAUAAAUAAAAUAUUUCUUAUAACUUUUAAUUCAAAAGUACAUAAUAAAUCUUAUAGUUUUUAUAAUAAAUCGCAUAUAAUAUCACAAAAUAAUUCAUGGAAAGUAUUAUUUUUUGGCACAGAUGAAUUUGCAGUUGAAAGUUUGAAAAUCUUAUAUGAUAAAUAUGAAUCUAAAGAGCUAGAACGACUAGAAAUUGUUACAAAUUAUAAAAUAAAAGAAAAUCCUGUUGCAAAAUAUGCAAAACAAAAUAAAAUUAUUAUACAUAAAUGGCCAGUAGAAAUUAAUAAAUCAGAGUUUCACAUUGGAAUAGUUGUUUCAUUUGGUCAUUUAAUUCCAUCUACAAUCAUAAAUGCAUUUCCAUUAGGUAUGUUAAAUGUACAUGGUAGUUUAUUACCAAGAUGGAGAGGAGCAGCUCCAAUUAUUCAUACAUUAAUUAAUGGAGAUUUACAAACAGGAGUUACAAUAAUGAAGAUAAUGCCAAAAAAAUUUGAUAUAGGAGAAAUAGUAUUACAAAAACAAAUAGAUAUUGACGAACAUGAAACAAUGCCAAAAUUAUAUACAAAAUUAGCAAAGCUUGGAGCAAGUCUUUUAAAAGAAACAUUUGAAAAUUUAUUGGAAUUAUUACAAUUUGCAAAACCUCAAGAUGAAACUAAUAUAACGUAUGCACCAAAAAUAACAUCAAAAAUAUCUUUAGUUAAUUGGAAUAAAAUGUCUGCCACAAAUGUAUAUAACUUACAUCGUGCUCUUCUGGGUUUAUAUAAUUUAACUACAUCAUUUCAAAAUGUAAAAAUAAAAUUGCUUGAUAUUCAAAAAAUUGAAUCAAAAAUAAUAGCAAAAAAACUUAAAGAAGAAAAUGCAGGUGUUGCAAUAUAUAGCAAAAAAAAUAAUGCAUUAAUUAUAAAAUGCAAAGAAAAUAGUUUUGUUUCUGUAAAAAAAAUAACUGUUCAAGAUUCUUUCUUUUAUUGAAUUAAAUUAGCUUCAAGAUAUAUUCCUAGUAACAAUUUUAGAUCAAAGAUAAAAAUAUCCAUAAAUAAGUUUUAGCCUAAUUUGUUGCUUUGGCUGCUUCAAAAUUAUACGAAGUGUAGGUGUAUUAUCCAUCUUUUAUGAAGAAUUGUUCCCAUUUUCAUAUAAAAGUGAGAUUUUAAGUUUUUUUCGUAUUAAUAACUAAUUGCCAUUCAACAUUUCGUAAAUGGAACGUUGCAUUUGAUUAUUCAAUAAAUAAAGAUGGCACAGCUUUUACUGAAAAUAAUUAGUUAAUGUUAGCAACUAGUUAUUAAUAAGAGUUAUUAUUAAUGUUUGUUCUAUGUUUAAGAUUACAGAAAGAAUUCAUUAUUUAUAUGUAUAAUAUUAAAGUACUUUAUAUUUUGUCACAUUUAUACUAUUGAUCAUACUAUUUUUUCUACAAAUUAAGAUUUACUAUAUAUAAAUCUAAUUUUGUUUUUACUUUUUUUUAUUUCGACUAAAUAAAAAGUACCUUAAUAAUAUAAUUUAGAUUGACAUUACAACGAAUAUAGACGAUAAAAAUAAAUUAACUUACACUAGGAUCGCAGUCAGCACAAUGCCAUGAAUAGCCUCUUCUUUUAGGUGAUUUUUUAACUGGUGGAUCAAGACAGGUGAAAUGGUAGCAUUUUUUACAUUCAUCACACCUGAAAAAUUAAUAAAUUCAUAAAUUCGGAAUUUGUUUAAAAAAAUAAAUAUUUAAUGUAUUUAUAUGAACUGACAUAACGAGAUUUUGACUGGUGCCAGGCAUAUCACAGACAUUGCAUUGUGUUAAAAGAUGUAGUAUUUGAAGUCAAAGAUGGAACAGGUGGAGGUGGUAGUUUAGGAAGUGGCGGUGGUGAUGUAAUUUCUGUACUAGUAGAUGUAGCAACAAACAUUUGUGGACUUGAUUCUGAUGCUACAUCUCCCUCUGGCCUUGGAAUUGGUUUUAUCUAUUUAAUAAAAAACAAUGAGAUAUAUUUGAACAUGUUAAAAUAAUUUAAAUAUAUUUAUAACUAUUUA